AAGCGAGUCGCCCAGCUGUUGAGGCCGUCGUUAGGUUAGGACGGGGAGUCCAGAGUUAGCUCGAAGAGAGUGUAUGCGCUGAAUCGUCAAGCAGUGCGACGGCGAUAAGGGGAGGGGAUGACGGACCAGUUGGAGCAGUUGCGAUGCGGAGGUUUGAUUCCCCGCGUGAACCGUCCCGCGCGACGUGAAUGGACCGCGCGACGGAUCGACGACGGCGUGCCGAACGGUCUCGGCUGGAAAUAUGUGAGCGUCCGAGAUCUCGUCGCAGCAGCCGCCGUACGAACCGCUGCGGUCUCCAAGAUUAGAGAUACGAGACAGGAGCACGAGAAAGGAGGGGGGUGACAGACAGACAAAGAGAGAGAGAGAGAGAAAGACGUACGGACGGAAAGAAAGAGAGAAAGGAAGCGAAACUCCGUCCGUCCGUAAGCCGCUCCGUCACUGCACGCUUCGCGACUUCGUUCAGAAGACCCCUGGACGUGGAGUGUUGCCGAUCCGCAGGGGCAGGAGGGAUCGCGCCGCGAACGGCGCCGUGAAGCAUCGUCCCGUCCCUCGCGUUCGCGGAUCUCGGUGACGUCACGCGCGCCGCGACCGUGCGCGCGAUCGGAUCAAGGCCGCGCGCGACUCGACUGACUGCUGCUCGGACUCUCCCCGGGAAGCGCAGCGUCCCUCAGCCGAGGACGACGUGUCGCUGCUCGUUUCCGCGAUCGCCCGCCGCUCGUCAUGAGGGAGGAUCUCUGCCAUAAAGAGAGGCAGACAGGCACGAGGCUCGGCGAAUAUACGUGAAAGACGCCGCGCGCUCAGGUUUUUCCAAACUCCAUCCCGUCCGGGGACGGUAGCUCUCCCCUGCUGCUUCUCGUUCUCCGGAUCUCGCAGCUUGCCAAGAGAUCACCUAAUGACGCCACCGAUUUGGCACUGUACGCGGGACGACAGCGUUACAGGACUGAUUAUGUCAUGUGACUCGACGAUCGCGGAGUUACUUUUAACAGAUACGAAACGUGCGCACCGAGACCAAACGGAUUUUAAGGGAACGCCACACGAAGGGACGCGCUAGCUUGAGCCUUGCACUGCCAUAAUAAAGUUCAAAACCGAUGACAGCCGACUGUCAGAGAGAUUGAUUAUGUCACGUACUCGCAAACGUAACUGUAAACGAGGAAACGCAGAGUGACAACAGAGUGACUUAUUGUAUCUCACGAUUGAAUAAUAUUUCUUACUUAAAACUCAUUCGAGCGGAGUGUACAUAAGAAGACGUAUAAAUAAUAAUAUUCGCAAAAGUAGCAGUAAAUAAAUGUAAAAGCCGAUGAUUUUCUCAAGGCGUUAUAAAUCGUUAAUCAAAGUUUUGUAUAUUAACAGGCGUUCGUCGAUUCGAAUUGAUUCUAAUAGAACAUGAAGAGCGAAUCUACAGUGAAGACAGAUACGCUGCUUUGUUGUAGCAACAACCUCAUUUGUAAUGCAAAUGCAACGUCGGCAAAUCAAACAGUUGUGGCAGCAUGACUGAAGAAGCUGUUCACAAAAUAAUUAAGACAAGAUGUAACUGAGCGCAUAUACGCGAUGCAUGCAUUUCAAUCAUGGUGCAGGAUCUCAUCUAUUUUGGAUGUUACAUUAGAAAAACUAUGAAAAAUCAUGCGGGCUUGGCGAACAAGCGAAUAAUAUCGAAGGGCGAACUGAAAUUUAAUUCAGAACUGUGGAAGCAGUGCACUGAUAUGACAUUAAAAGAAGAUUACUUGUCUUCUUAUCGCAUACCCGAGAGCGGAAUGACGACAGGUGUAACGAUUAAUACGUGAGACUAUGAGAGGAAACAUACAUAGCGACACAUUUUAGGGGUCAUGCCCCCUGGGGCAAACGGUGGAACAGAGGGCUUGGGCCCGACCUGUUCUGAAAUACAUAACAGUCAGGAUCACGCUAUAGCCAAACUCACGCCACCCCCUACAUUUGUUCAACAAUGCUACAGACACCUCAAGAGUUCUGGCGUCGGCGAGGCGAGCGUGUAUCAUGCUUUGGUUGUAAUAUUUCUGGAAUUCUUCGCAUGGGGAUUAUUAACCAUGCCUAUUAUUAGGGUACUGAAUGAAACAUUUCCGGAUCACACGUUCCUGAUGAAUGGCUUGAUAAUAGGAAUUAAAGGAAUUUUAUCUUUUCUCUCCGCGCCACUGAUCGGUGCUCUCUCCGACGUAUGGGGUCGAAAAUUUUUUUUACUCAUCACAGUGGCCUUCACAUGCGCACCAAUUCCCCUGAUGAGCAUCAACACUUGGUGGUUUUUUGCUAUGAUUUCUAUCAGUGGUGUAUUCGCUUGCACAUUCUCAGUGGUAUUUGCGUACGUUGCGGACGUAACGGAAGAAAAUCAAAGAUCACUAGCGUAUGGCUUGGUAUCGGCAACUUUUGCGGCAAGUAUGGUGAUAAGUCCAGCUUUAGGUGCUUAUAUCAUGAACACUUAUGGAGAAAAUCUUGCCGUAGCGUUAGCAACAGCUAUCGCAGUUUUGGACGUGUUUUUCAUAUUAGUGGCUGUACCUGAAAGUUUGCCUGAAAAAACACGUCCACCAGCACCUAUAUCAUGGGAGCAAGCUGAUCCAUUUGCUGCUCUUGGAAAGGUUGGAAAAGACCAUACUAUUUUAAUGCUAUGUGUUACUGUGUUCCUGAGUUACCUUCCUGAAGCAGGACAGUAUAGUUGUAUAUUCGUUUACUUAAAACUGGCUAUGGGUUUCUCUAAUCUCAUGGUAGCGAUAUUUAUCGCUGUGGUGGGCAUCUUGAGUGUAGGAGCGCAGAUUGUAUUAGGACCCUUGAUGAGAACACUUGGCGGAAAACAUACUAUAAUGCUCGGUCUGUUAUUUGAGAUGUUACAACUUAUGUGGUACGGAUUCGGCUCGCAGACAUGGAUGAUGUGGGCUGCUGGAGUACUUGCUUCUGUAUCAAGCAUUACAUAUCCUGCAAUUUCCGCAUUUGUAUCUAUGCAUUCUGACGCUGAUAAACAAGGAUUGGUGCAAGGUAUGGUAACUGGGAUGCGUGGUCUCUGCAACGGACUCGGACCUGCUAUGUUUGGCGUCAUAUUUUACCUUUUUCACGUUGAUCUUAAUGAUGAUACGCCCAAUCUUCCCCUGAAACCGUUUGUGGACGAGAAUAACAGAACGAGAACUAAUACACAUCUUGAUAUAAUGCCUCAGCUUGUACCGGGGCCACCAUUCGUGUUUGGUGCGUUACUUGUGAUCUGCGCGCUGCUAGUAGCCGCAUUUAUUCCCGAAUCAAAUACAAUGUCAACAGGAUCGUUGCAUCACCCAUCCACUUCCCGGAGGCCCUCCGGUAAAUACGCAUAUCAGAAAUGUUUGUCCUUGGACGUUCAAUACGAGGCAGACCGAGUGGGAAGUGGAAGAGGAAAAAUCGGUCCGCUCUCACCACUAGUCGACAAUUCCGCCGCGCUAUAAUGUCUAUUAAAAAAUACAAGACGAGCCAUAAUAUAGCACACGACGAAAAUACUUUAGCCAAGCGGUAAAACUCUUCGCCCUUAAUCAGAGGUGGAGAGGUGGUUACUAUGAAAUGCACCUGACUCGAAUCAGGCGACUGUAAUAGUUGUCUAUAUUGUAUUAUACUAUUUGUUUAAGGCAGUAACUAAGCUUGAUUUUAGGAUUUAUCGAUGGAGAACUUAAUAUUUAGGUUGUGACAAAUUUGCACAAGCAGUGCUUGUGCGAUAGUACUAUGGGUUGAUCUCAGAGUCGAGUAUAAUCGUACGACAACGUGUUAUGUUGCGAAAAACGUAACAUUAAAUUAGAUCUUCCUUUUCAAAAUUUUUGCGCCGAUUAUUAAAUCAGAUGUAUCAAUUUUACGCCAAGUAUAUUGACUCUUUACGCAGCUCGCCAACGACACAAAGCGAUACAUCAUUAAAAACUGUAAUUCGUAUUUUACUAGAUUUACAUUGUGAAUAUUGAUAUCGUAUCCUUUACUUUGAUAUCGUAUCCUUUUCUCUUGUUUCUAAUUUGUGUUACCACUUUUAUAUCAAGUGCUAAUGUAAAUUGCGCAACGUAUUUUUGCAUCUCCGUACAUUCAUAGCACUAGAAAUAGCUUUUACACAUUCCUUGUAAGCAUAAUUUUUGUAAGCAUACAGAAACAGCAUUAAUUGACAAUUGAAAAGGAUGCAAAUUCUUUGAGCCGUAUUUUUCUUUUGUAUAGAUAUGAUAUUAGUAGUAAUUACUUAUUCUCUUGUACAUCACACCAUAUAUAAUUUAGCUAAUAUUUAUAGAUCGUGCGACUUGUUUCUUUCCGCACAAACUAUUUAUUUUAAUAGAUAGAAACUAUGAAUAUAACGAGAAAGGCCUCAAGCUAGGAGCAAGUUAUACAAAGUGAUAGUUUGUCAUUCAAAGACAAUGGUAGAUGUUAACACUAUGAGUAAAAUGAAAUAUUAAUUAUUAAUUGAGAAUCAAUAAUUCUCUUAAAUUGUGUGUGUUAUAAUCGGAGUCACAUUGAUGUUAAAACGAAAAGAAACGUUUUAUAAUAGAAUAGAAUCUUGUAUAUAUUUUUGCUUUUAUUUUACAAAAAUAUCAAAACUUAGGUAAAAAGUAUGUUUUAAUGCAGUGGCAUUAAUUUAUAUACAUAUAAAAUUUCGAUUGUUUUAAUGAUAUGGUUUACCUACAAUUUGUAUUAUUACUACAUUUACAUAAAAUAGUAAGUUCACACAAAAAAUAGAACCACUUAAAACUUGUAGAAAACGACAAGUAAUUUUAGUUACUGUACUGGAAUGAUCUUAAAGUCAUUAUGCUCUUAAACUCGAUUAGUCUUGAUGAAAGUCAGAGUAAUUAAUGACAAAUGCAAAUUGGUCAAAACAUAAUAAUGUGCCCCUUAUCACAAUUCUUGUUUUGUAAUUUUGAUAUUUGCAUACAUUUGUAAUUAUCUUCUGGAAAAAUUUCAAAGUUACAAUUAUUCGAUGGAUAUUUAUUACAUGAUAUUGAUUUUUAAUAAAUAAAAAUGUUAUGUACUUUAUACAUAUUUAAUAUUAAUUCCUUUUUUUUAUAUACAUCUCUGUUCGAAAUAAAACAAUUUACUAGACAUUUAAAGGUUUCAGUCAAUACGGCUUGUAAAUCUUUGUCGAAUGUAUUAAAAUUACGUGCGUUUUCUAGAAUUUAGCUAUAUUACAGUAAAGUAUUACAGAACGAAGUAGAAAAAUCGUGAGCAGGUGUAAACAGUGCAAUCGCAGUUUCUGUUUGUAUUUCCUUAGAGUUACUCACGAACUCUUGCUCUCGUACACUGAAGUAAAUAUACGCAAUUGUAUUAUAAAUAUACAAAACAAACAGGAGGAUUAUAAUAUUAAGAAUAAAACAUAGAACAUAAGUCUUGACUCUAUUACGAGUUAAGUAAUUGUAUAUGUAUAAUGUACGAUGAAUGCAUUAAUAAAAAGUGAUUAUUUUUAAGAUAAAUAAUAAA